GAGACGAAAGGCAACUGCCGCUUGCGCUUGCCGUCACACGGAAGUGGAACAGUGGUGGGUGAAAUACACUCGUCGUUUCUCGUACAUCAGAAGAAUAUUGCAAAUUCUGUGACUUCUGAAGAGUUUGCUGACCAUGACAACGUUGGAUUUCGACUGAUAAGGCCCAUAAACACAGUUCGAGGUUUCCGCAAUUUUCCCUUGGUACCAUCACAUGCCAAAGAAAUAGAGAAAAAUAUGACUGGACAACAGUGUACUUUGUCGCGCGGAAAUUGCGUGGAAGAUGUGGACAAAAUGACGAGUCGAAAGGUGACGCUGCUACGCCUGUGACCGCCGCCGGAUAGCAUGCGCUGUGCGCCCGGGACGCCGCCGCGACCACGCUCCACCCGUCCGCCCAGCUAGCACCCGAGACUCCAGCUCCAGCGCCGCAGUGCCUUGUUCCCCGGGGGGAGGGGACGGGGUGUCGGGGGGGGAUGUGUCUGUAGCGGCACAAGCGGACGCCUGUGGCGAGUGCUGGUGUGAGCGAUGGACGACGGCGAGGACUACUUGGGGGCUCCGAGCUCGGGACCCGAGGUCAAGGGCCAGCAGGCGAUGGGAGGAGGCUGCGUCUUCAACAAGGCGGCGCCGGAGGUGGUGACCAAGGCGACGGCCGGAGGCAGCAGCGAGCUGGGCGACAUGACCUUCUGCAUGGCCAACUACGUCAAGGACGCCAUGAAGAUGAUGUGUAUGAUGAGGAGUAAUCGAAUGCUAACUGAUGUGGUACUGGAGGUUGGCUCAGAACUCUUCCAUGCACACAAAGUUGUUCUUGCUGCUGCUAGUCCAUACUUUAAGGCAAUGUUCACAGGUGGUCUGAAAGAAUGUGAAAUGUCUAGAGUGAAGUUACAAGGUGUAUGCCCCACUGCAAUGGCUCGUCUCAUGUACUUCAUGUAUACUGGUCAGAUACGUGUCACUGAAGUUACUGUAUGUCAACUUUUACCUGCUGCAACUAUGUUUCAGGUGACUAAUGUGAUAGAUGCUUGCUGUUUGUUUCUUGAGCGACAGUUAGAUCCCAGCAAUGCAAUAGGCAUUGCUAAAUUUGCUGAGCAACAUGGCUGUAAAGAUUUAUGCCAAAAGGCAAAUCAGUUCAUUGUACAACAUUUCACCCAGGUCUGCCAAGAGGAAGAAUUUCUUCAGUUGUCAGCCAUUCAGUUGGUUGCACUGAUCAAGAAAGAUGAGCUUAAUGUAACAGAAGAAAGAGAAGUGUACAAUGCUGUUUUGAAAUGGGUGAAAUAUGAUGAAGAAAACAGGUUCCCAAAAAUGGAACACAUUCUUCAUGCUGUAAGGUGCCAGUUUCUUACACCAAGCUUCUUACAUGAGCAGAUGAAGAACUGUGAUGUUCUAAAGAAAUUACCUGCUUGCAGAGAAUAUCUUGCACAAAUUUUUAAGGAUCUAACUUUGCAUAAACGGCCAUGUGUGAAGGAACGAACACCAAACACUCCAAGAGUUAUUUAUAUUGCUGGAGGCUAUUUUCGAAAUUCACUUGAUGUAAUGGAAGCAUAUAAUGUGGAUGACCGUACAUGGACAAAACUUGCAAGCUUAACUGUUCCACGAUCUGGUUUGGGAGGUGCUUUUCUAAAGGGAAUGUUCUAUGCUGUGGGAGGCCGCCACAACUCUCCAGACUCUAGAUAUGACUCAGACUGGGUGGACAGGUAUAAUCCUGCUAAAGAUGUAUGGAGACCUUGCAGCCCCAUGUCUGUUCCGAGAAACCGUGUUGGUGUGGCUGUUAUGGAUGGUUAUCUGUAUGCAGUUGGAGGUUCAGCAGGCUCAGAGUAUCACAACAGUGUUGAAAGGUUUGACCCUGAUGAAGACACAUGGACAAAUGUGAAGCCAAUGCAUGUGAAACGAUUAGGAGUUGCUGUAGCUGUUGUCAACAGGUUACUCUAUGCUAUAGGAGGUUAUGAUGGCAAAGCCAGGCAGAGUAGUGUUGAAUGUUAUCAUCCAGAAAAUGAUGAAUGGACUAUGGUGGCACCUCUUAAUGUCAGUCGCAGUGGUGCAGGUGUGGCUGCACUCAACCAGUACAUUUAUGUUGUGGGAGGUUAUGAUGGACAACGACAGGUAAAUUCAGUAGAGCGCUACGACACAGAACGUGAUAUCUGGCAAUUUGUUGCAAGUAUAAGAAUUGCUCGGUCUGCUCUAAGUGUCACUGCUUUGGAUGGAAAACUUUAUGCUAUGGGUGGCUAUGAUGGCACAGCAUUCCUAAAUAUUGUGGAGGUGUAUGACCCUACAAGAGAUGUGUGGGAGGAAGGACAACCACUUACAAGUGGCAGAUCAGGCCAUGCAUGCGCAGUAUCAUAUCCACAAUGCCUCAUACACUGUGAGCACAUGGACCAACCUCUUACACUUAUGGACACACCAACUCCAACACCAGGGACCAGUGGUGCAAAUAUAUAACCAUGUGCAGUUUUUAGGAUUUUUGAAAAGUGUUCAGUGCUUGCUUGAAACAGUGAUUCUCAGCUGAAUGGUCUGAAUUGUCAUAACCCUGACCACAAAUAACUCUGAAAACAGUUUAACUUUUUGUGGGGGACAGUUUUACAAAACAUAACACUGUAUGUGUGGACAAGCAUCAAUAUGUUAUUCCCUGUGACUCAUGCCAGAUGAGUAACUUCUCAAAGUUAACUCUGGAGAAGCAAGAUGUAUUAGAAUGUAAUGAAUCAGACAGAAGUGAUAGCGUAUAAAUAUUGUGCUGUGAAUUUUGUAGUUAACUAAAAUUGUGAAUGAUAAUGUUUUGUGGUGUUGGAAAUAUGUUUUAUGGUGCUUGCAUCAAUUGUAGACAUGCAACUAAUGACAAUUUUAAUAACAUGGGAAGGCUUUAUAGUGAAGAGAACUUUGUGUCUCUUGUUGUUCCCCAGAUUUAAAACAUUCAUCUUUGUCUUGAACAGUUGUAAAAGACACCAAAACCAGGACAAUCAAAAGAAUAGUGCCAUGAAAUCGAAUAACAUUUCUGGCAAAAUUUUUACUUCCUUCAACAUAUGUUUGCUGUGAGAUACAAUAUGCAGUCUUGUAAGUAUAAUCAUCUGAAGAGUCUGUGACAUCAUAGCAAUUUUGAGAAUAAUGAUUUUGUUGCACCUGUAUCCUGACAUUGAAUUGAUAUUUUAAUUAAUUUUAUCUGCCACUUAAAAAUUUUGUUAUGCAUAACUGCAGCAGAAGAUCUUUUUUGUCAAAAAAUAGCUAUUACUGACUUCUGCUGCAGCAAAGUUUUUUUGGAGAGCUGAGAACUUUGUUAUAGGUUAAUAUCAUCUUUAAGUAAAUAUAAAAGCAUACCAUCAGUGUGGUAUGGUGAUUCCUAAAAGACUGAAUUGUUAUUGUUGUUGUUAUAAUUAUUGUUAUUAAUCUUAUUAUUAUUAUUAUUAUUAUUAUUAUUAUUAUUAUUAUUAUUAUUAUUAUUAUCAUCUCUUUUAGAUGUAAGCAGUAAACAGAACAUAAUGAUCUUCUACUUCUUGUUGAUCCUUUAAUCUAAUUACAUAAAAAGUGGUGCUGAAAUUUUUUGACAGUAUCAAUGAAGUUUGUUUAACACUUUCAUUAUAUCUUUGUUUUACAAUGUUACACCAGUCAAUAUGUGAUUCUUUGAUAAAUUGCAUCUCAUAGUCUGGAUUACAGACAUUUACACAUUUGAAGUGAAAUUUUGGAAAUUGAAUAAUUGCCUUAAAUGCUAGUGGUGUUUUCAGUAUAGCAAUACAAACCAUAGGUUUCUUUUUGUGACAUCAGUUAUUAUGAUACAUGGAUAUAAGGGUCACAUUUCAGCAGAUUUUGGCUGUUGGUUGUGAUGUAAACUCAUAUACUGAACGAACCUAAGGUUGGAUGUUUACUGAAAACUCCAAUUUUUCAAGAUAUAUGGAAGUGUUGGUAAACAAUAAUGUACCCUUUAAGUAAGCAUAUAUUGAAGAAGAAAAUAAAGGAAAAUAUCUCUGUGUAAAUAUUAAUUGGGACCAUCAAAAUUUUGAGACAAAUCAAGGAAAAAUGUGAAAUGUGCUUGUUUACAACCUGGACUUUCCUGUGUGCUUAUAGUUGUAUGUAGGGGCUGUUGUUGAUGUGUCUUAUUCAUAUAUGACAAAUAAACUGUUUUCUUUACUUUCCUUCCUCAGUAAUAUUAUCAUAAUCUUCUUCUUCUUCUUUUCUGCCAGAAUGUUGAUCAUUAUGCUGUUAAUUUACCUUUUAUUAGUAAAUUCAGGAAUUCUCUCAGUGCAUAUUUUCUUUACUUUUAAAAUUCAGAAAAUAUCACUCUUUAAAUGUUUUCCUACUGCAGUCAUGGAGGCUUCAUAAAUUUUCAUGGAACUCUUAUUAAACUGAUUUCUUACAUGAAACAAACAAUUUUUACUUAAUGUUGGUACUUGCACUGGAAGGAGCGAGAAGAAUCUUUACUCUAAAUGUUGCAAUGGUGUUGUGAGAUAUGAAUAGAGAUUAUACUGAAAUAAGUUAAGCAUAUUGAUUUUCUACUACUAUUAUAUUGUGUAUACAGUUAAAAUUUGAGUCUUAUAUAUUCUUUAAGGGGACAUGUCCUAUGCUGCCAAUGUUAAAUUAUCGAAUUUUGUGACCCAUUAUCUUUGAAACUUUUAAGACACCAACUUACAAUUUUCCAUAAUUAUUGAAUGCACCUUUCUAGAUACACUGAACUAGAAUUAUUGCUAAAAUUGUAUUGUGGGGAAUAUUAUCUUACUUUAUUUUCAAACACUCAAUUUUUUGACAGAAUUUUGCAAAUAACUGAACUUAAAAACAAAACAACUUAGGCUAUUUAAAUUAUUGUACUUCCAUAUGUGUUGAAUCUCACACUUGGCAUGUUGUGGAAAUUUCAUGUCUCUACCAUCAGUACUAUUUUUGAAAACAGGUCAUUUAUUGCAUAAAAUGUAGUUCAUAGACAUUGAGGUUUAAAACUUUUUUAAUUACUAAUUCUUAUACAGACUUACAUUUCUGCAUCUUUUAAGCACUGUAAUUGCCCUGGCCCACAGUCUGCAUCUUCUUCAGUGUUACAACAGCCCAGUGCUUGCCUCCUCCUUUUCUUUCUUGCUUCUUUUGUCAUUUGCUGAGCAGCUAGCUCUGCUUCACGUACAUGAAACUCAUCCAGUUCCUGCAGUCCUUUAGCUGUGUUCUGUCCAAAUCUCAACCCUAAUUUCUCUAGAACCUUAAGUUUUUCAUAGUUCCCACCAUUAAAAGUUAUUCCAGCAUGAGACACUGGUAACUUUACAGUCAUAAGGCCAAAAAAUACAUUUUUGGCACACUGCACCACACAACAUUACUGAAGGACUCAUUCACAGUCUGGGUCUUCCCAUGUAAACACUUUUUUUAGUAGCUCAGGAUUUGCCAAAUAUCUGUAAAUAGGUUUGAUUGCCUUCAUUACUGCCAAAGGAAGAGAAUGUUUAUGUGUAAAUUCAUGCAGAGUGCCAGAAAAUUCUGCUUGCCUAUAUUUACACCAAGUGUUUGGUGGAGGUGGACACAAAACGUGACAUGACUUUUCACCAGUUGAUAUUUGACGAAAGAAAGUGCUCCAUACAACUCAUUUCAUCUUCUCUAAAUUGUCACAGUUAUCUCUAAUGGCCUUCACAUAAUAUUCCUGUAAUUCAUCAAUUACUUUGUCUGUUAGCCUUCCAGCACAUUUUAUUGUCUUGCUAUCUGACAGUUAUGUGUUACUCAGCUUGGUUUUUAGGUUUAUUCAUAAUGCCAACUUCUGAAAUGUAGCAAUAGGCACAAAGCAAAGCAAUUCACUGCCUUUUAAACUGUGUAGUUCCCAAGAUAUGACAGCUCAACUGUGGCAGUAUAUGCAUAGCUGUGAAAUUUGACAGUCACACGUCAUCAUUCAAAAUAUUGUUUGAAGGUCUCGCAAUUGUCUGAUUUUAAUGUAUUAUAUACCAAAAUGUUCAGGAAGUCCAAAGUACAUUAUAGAGUAGAAAGCAGAAAAUGUCAAAUUUCAAUGAAUUUCGUGUACAAUGUCCCCUUAAAGAAGAAAAAUGCCUUAUGGAAGAAAGAACAACAAAGUUGCAAGAACUUGUACUUUUAUAUGUGACAAACUUAACUGACAGUAUCUUUGAACUAUUACACAGUGUUUCAUAUACCAGUCACUGCACUGCUUGUGUUUUGAGAAAACACUGUGUAGAUAGUGCAAAUCUGAAAAUAGGUUUACACACAGUAUGUAGAGUAUUAGCAGUGCAAUGUUGUUGUUGCUAGUCUGUAGGUUGUUUUGAUACAGCUGUCCGUGCAAGUCUAUCCUGUGCUCCGCUAUAUCUAACUUCAACUUAUUUAUUUAUCUUUCAAAGUUCUUUAAUCUCCUUACAAUAUUAUGUGAUGUAUGAGUCAUUUCUCUGACUCAUGUUGUACAAUAUAGCAGUAUCACCCCAGUAAAUGUUACAGUUAUAGUUUCUCUUGCUUUCUGCUACACAACAGUGAUAAUGUAGAAAGUCCAUCAUGGCUAAAGUUACAAGGCCAGAUCAGUCAAUUACCUAGCCUGUUCCCCUUGCAACUACUGCAGGGCUGCUCUUUACAAUUUAAUUAAUUCAUAACCCACAGCAGAUGUACAUUUUUACAAAAUGUUUGUGUGAUGUGGGUAUUAAAUUUUAUAUAGAAAAAGUUAUUGUAGAGUUGAAAGUGAAUUUUGUAGAUAGGAAGGUCCAGUUUGAAAACUACAGUAUUGAAAUGAUGGUGGAGGAGGGUGUUGAUAUGUUAUUGAUUAAGGUUAUUGAAAUUUACUUAGUACAAAUUAAUGGAACUGAAGAAUUGUGUUGUGAGACAUGAACUACUGUUUUCAUCUGUUUGUCACCUGGAAAAAUAUUGGUUGAAAAUCUCCUUCUGAGCAGAACUAAUUUGUGGAACAAAAGUUUUUGAAAUGAGAAGUAUUGUGACUCGCCUUGACAAACUGAAUGUUUACUUUUUUUAAUUUAUGAUUUUAGCAUUAAUUUUUGAUACUAUUUUUAAAAUAUAAAUGGUGUAGAUUGUACAGUUACAUGAACUGAAAUUUCAAACCCAACACCUGCCACCCACCUAUUCCACCCUGCCUCUCUCUCUCUCUCUCUCUCUCUCUCUCUCUCUCUCUCUCUCUCUCUCUCUCUCUCUCUCUCCCCCUAGAGAGUGUGUGUGUGUGUGUGUGUGUGUGUGUGUGUGUGUGUGUGUCGUCAAUACAGGCAGUUUUGAAAGGCAUUGUUUUAGGUUCAAGGUAUGGUGAUACCAUGCUCUGUUUCACUGUCAAAAUGAGUGCAGUUCAUAAAAAAACACAGAAAUUAAUGUUAAUCGAAUAGUUGUGAUGGCUAUCUGUCAUACUACAUGUAAUGUGUUGUUAUGCUAAAAGCAAUAGUCUUGUAGUAACAUUUAUAUUAUUAUUAUUGUCAUUGUCUUAGUGUAUAUUGUUAAUUUUUAACACCAUCAUUGUACUUUCAGAAUUGUAUCACUACACAGAUAUACAAAUAGGUAUUUAAUUUGUAGUUUUCUUUCUUUUUUUUUACACUAUCUGUAAUAACAGAUUUCAUGUGGUAAUUGGAGAGGAAAUGGAAUUGAUCAGAGAAUUGUGAUAUAUCUUUAUUCAAAUUUUAUUGGAAAAUAUGAUUUAAAGGUACAGAAUUUUUCAAAAUUAUAAUAUGUGAUUGAAGUUUCAUGGAUGCAGUUGCUUUGUAAAAAUUAUAUUCAGCUUAAACUUGUGUGCUUCAAAAUCAUUUAGCAUCUGUCUGCAUUGAUAUGAAAUGAAACAAUAUGGGAGACAAUAUGUAUAGUACAAAGACAAGCUAGGUGGAUAAUAGUACAGUGAGAUUCAUUUUUGUGUUACUCAAAUAAUUGUGGGGUAGUGCUGAGGAGAGUUUAAUGGACAGCCACUAUUAUCGUAAACAUUUAUUCUAACAAUUUUUGUCCAUAGCAGGCGCAACUUCUACAUUUGAUUAUUUAUGUAGUGCUGUAAAUAGCAUAGAGUCAUAUGAAAGUUAUUGUCAAGGUACAGAAGUUAUAUAAGCAUGAGAAAUUGUUAGACAAAUCAAAAAUUCAGUUAUUUCAGCCAGAAAGAAUAUAGAUUUUGGACACCUGACAGCUGGGGACUUAUUGAGACUGCUCUUCAGAAGAAAUUUGUUUCAUAAUUUACCAUGUGACAGUGUAUAGUGUGAUCUAAAGUUAACUUGUAUGCUAAAACAGUUUUGCAAGCAUUAAUAUGAAAAUUUACACAUAUUUCUUCAAGUGAUGUAUAUCUGAUUUGGUAAGUUUUUUGCUGAAAUUCUGAGAAAAAGCCUAUAUAUGGUUACAUAGAGACAUGGUAGAACAUUCUUGAAUCACAUAAGUGACUGCUUAUUUACCAAUCUGUCUUUGCUGAGUGUGAUUAUGAUAUGGUGAUGGUGGUGAUUAAGAGAAAAUGACAUGUAACAACAUGUAAUAUCUAUAAUUUUUGAAUUUAUGUAUUCAGAAUCAGUUAAUACAAAUAAUAUUUGUUUUAAAGAAAAUUUGGAUUUUAAAUAAUACUAAAUGAAAUCCAAACAUAUUAAAUGCAGUAAUAUGUGUAAUUUGACCAGGAAUGAUAAUGAUGGUGAGAAUCUUCAAAGAAAUAGCAGAAUUUCAGUUAGAUUUUUUUAUUUGUAUGGUAUGACAUAUUCUAUAUGAAUACUGGUAUUCAUGAAGAAAUUACCAUUAUUUCUGCAGAAAGCAUGAGAGUUUGUAUUUAUGUGAAGUACUGAGUUAAUUUGUUAGGCUAUGAACUUAUUCUACUUCUUUAACUGUUUUUGAUGCCUAAUAAUAAUGUGCACAACAUUUUGCAUUAGGUUUCCUUCAGAUAAAUGGCAGUAACUUAAUUUUAUGUGCCUGGAAAUGUCCUCAGUCUGUAUCAGUUUUUGAAAGUGCUCAGAAUAUGUUUGCAAUAUGUUAACUGUUAUGAAGACUUUUUGCAUUAAUAUUUAUGUAUUGUUAAAGUUAUAUGUAAGAAUACAUUUAGCUCUGUCAGAUAUUGGUUUAAGUCUAUGUGUCAGUACAUUCUGUGACAUAUAAUUGAUUUGAAUUUGUGUAGAGACUGUUAUAGAUAACCAGAAUUGAGAGGUAACUAAUGUUACAGAUUUGUCAACUGAGAAUUUUUUUGUGACAGCUAUAAAUAAUUUUCUUUUAGUGCCUGGUACUGUGAACAAUGUGUGUAUUUACAUUAUGAUGUUCCUACUUCCAUUUUUUAUGAAUACCAUAUAAACUUCUGGAUGAGUGAUAACAGAAAUGUGCAAUAGUCCACUCUUAUUAUGAAUAUCAAAUGGACAUUAACUGACUAGCAUAAUAUUACAGUUACAGGUUGUAACAAUGUGACAUAAAUGUUAGGAUACAUCAGUAGUUGCCAACUGGUGACUGAAAUUUUCAGUAUAAUAUACUGUGUGUAUAUAUCUGUAUAAUACUAUUUAACAGGCCUAUGGGCUGUCUUAGCAUGAAAAUGACAUUCAUUUGAGAUAGCUGAUAUUAAUGAUAUCACUUAUUGAUACUUACUGAAAUGCUUGUACUUAACAGUACAUGAUUUUCUGCAAAGUGCAAUCUAAGACAGUAUGUGUAAAGUUCUUUCAUUGCCUUUGUCUGUGUGCUUACACCUCUGUAAGUCCAUGAUUUUCAGUUUUAUAACAGGAUUUGAUUUUUAAUUUUUUUCACUGUUAGGGUAUUAAAUAUUGUUAAAAUUUUAUGAUAUAUUUUUAUAGGUCCAUUUUCCUCAUUGAGGUAAAGCUUUAGAAAUAUAAUAUGACAUUACUUAACAUGUUUGUCUCAUGAAGUCAUGUAUCCCAAAUAAUGUAUUCUCAGAUAAUAAUUUUAAUUCAUCAGAAAAAUGUACACAGUAUGAACAAACAUAUAGCAUUAAUUUAAUAAAUUAUAUAACAUUAUUUAUUCAGUACUAUAAAGGUCCUACUUAAGUGUUUCAUGCAGUAGGUUAUAUAUAAUUUAUUAUUUCCUUCUUCUGUUUCCCACUGAGGCACUAAACCAGUAUUUCACACACAGCUUAUAUGUAAAGUAUGCCAUGUUCAGUUUUCAUGAAUUCAAAUUUUAAGGAGUGCAUCAGUCUCAUUUAUUUAAAAAUUUUCUUUCCAGUUAUAAUCGUUUCUGAUUAUGUCUUGUAAUAUAUAUCAUUCUGUUUUUACCUCAUUUUCACAUCACUAGAAAAUGCUAAGCAUUCAUAGCCAAAGCUAAAGAUCUGCAUGUUGCAGUUCUUUUACAUAUUAUUACUGUUUGCUGAAUGUUUCAACAGUACCUUUCAAAAUAAAAACAACAGUUUACAAUUUA